CGCAGACUACCUCUGUGGACCUCCUGCCCGUGACCCUCAGAGUGUGUUCAGCAAGCUUCGCUGGAUUUGGACGCGGGACGGCCAGGCCUGCUGCAGCCAAGGCUCUGCGCACGGUGAUGAGCGGCUCUGGCAAAGGCUCCCUCCUGCUGCUCCUGCUCCUGUCUGGCCUGCUCCUUUGGAAGAAUGUGGCCUCCCAGACCAACUGCCCUGAGGACUCCUCAUGCUGGGUGUGUUGCCUGUGCCUGAUGGACAAGGCCUUCAACCAGUUUCAGAACCUGAGGAACUAUUCCUUAGGACUGUUCUUGGAAUUUCAUAACCAUUAUUUCCCUGGCUCACUCUUCAUCAUGCGAAACUGGAGUAACUGCCACACAUACUCCACCUCCAUCCCGGCUGAGGAGAACCAGCUCCUGCAGAUGCAGUCACAAGACAUCGUCAAGCUGAUCAUCAGGAUGCUGCAGUCCUGGAAUGAACCCCUCUACCACUUUCAAAUUGAAGCCAGUCAUCUGACAGGAUUUCCCACGGCACUCGAGAACAAAACAAUCCAUGCUGUGACGAAAAGCAACCAACUUCAAGGAACCCUGCAGAAGUUAGCCAGUCAGUUUGUUCCUGCAGCCACAGACACCGUGGACUCCGCUGCCGGGAUAGAAGUUGCUUCUCUACAGUCAACUACUGAAAAAUCUCGCUGGUUAUCAUUUUACUACAUGUUUCUCUGCCUGAACAAGGAUGUCCAUAGGAUUCACAAAUACUUCACCUUCCUCCAGGGCCAAGUCAUCUAUCGUGGGAGCUGCUAAGCCCCUACUCAUUGCUGUGUUUCUGAGAUGUUUCUUAAUUAGCUAUUUCUUAUGAAACUUCUAGUUUUUCUUUUUUGCUUUUUGAUGCAGAAUUGGAUGUAAAAGUGUAAGAUGUCUCUUAUUAAAAAAUUAGCAACUGAAUCCUUAAGACUGUCAUACUCUUAAAAGUUAAUUAUGAAAACUGCUUCUCCAUACUCAGUCGAACACCAAAGUAAAUGCUAUACCACUGUGAGCAAUUCCUGCCAAAAUUCAUCAGGAAUGAAAGAAACCAGCCUUGCAGAUAAGACAACUAGCAAUACUCUUCAGAAGUGUAGCAAAUUAAUGCAGGGAAAGUCACGAGGUCCAGCUGUAGAUUGCUAUUAGUCAUUCUACUUAUGCUAUAGGGAAGAAUGAAUUCUGAGGACUCUGGGAAAGCUGCCACAUCCUACGGGCCGACAUUCACAGUAUUUGGACAGACAAUACUGGUUCUGUUGUAACCGCUAUUGCCCUCCGUGGCGUGAGAUUUACUGAACCACUGCAACUUGGGACUCAAGCACGACGGCUUUGUAUUGCUCUCACGGCUGUGCUCACACACGUACCCUGCAGUCCCAUCUCAUGAGCGUCGUCUUGGAAACACUCCCUGUGCGCUCCUCACUCUGCACCUGAUAAGUCCGGUUCCCUCAAGCUCUGAGUCCAUCGAGCAUUUGCCCAUUGAAUACGUUCCUCUCCUCUACAGCAGCUCAGGGUCACAGCAGGCAGAGCAGAUGGUCAGUUUAGCCGUUUUUCUUCUCCACCCCUUCCUCCUUUCAAGUGAGAAACACCUCACACCCGUGACAACCUAAGGACCUCCACGAGGCCCCAACUCUUAACAUCCAACAAUGUCCUCCACUGCCACUGAGCCUCAAUCACAUGAAGCCUGGGGGCUCACCCAGAGCCUGUCCAUACUGUACCAGCAGGGAAAUACUACAAAGUUGAUGAGCUCAGCAGCUUAGAGUAAUGGAGGGAUUUCUUCCAGUUCCAAAGAAGUACAACCCAAUCAAAAGUACAUGCUCUACUAACUGCAGAAACAAAAUUAGAUCAUCUGAAUAGUCCCAUAAAAUUUGGAGGUACGGUAGAAAUGGACACUACGAUGUAGAGUUUUCAGUCCCAGAAUUAAUGACAAUUUUACACAAUCUCUUUCCCAGAAUAAGAGAAAUAGCGAAUAGUUUCUCUGGUGUGAGAAAUUAAAGUUCUAAAUAAGCUUCGAAUUUUAUAACUGACCGUGUGAAAUUGGAAGAAAAGGGCUAAACAUGUAGGGGAAGUAGGAAGAGUAGG